ACGUGUGGGGCCUAGAAUCUAGAGCUACAUCCUGUGUGUUUGGGGUAGACAUUGACCGCGUUUUUGUAGUGUACCUUUUUAAAGAAAUGUUUACAUCGUCUGGUUUCCUUCUUAAGAACUUGCAGUUCAGGAGAAACAGAUCGUUGCAUGUAUGUAGAGAGUCACUUUCACUAUCAACAUAAAGACAGCAGGUCUUAGGAUAGGCUAGGCCUGCUGUCCAGCGGUGUUCAUUGGUAGUGAGAUCGCAACUGACGUAAUUGAUCAUGUGUCGUCAUGUGAUCAAGUGAGUACAAAUGGCUUUGAUGCCACCUGUUGGUCAAAUCGCUGAAGUGGACUUGGAAAAGAUAUGGCCCAGAAUGUACAGGAAGGAGAGGGAUACAGACGUUUUGGCAGUGGACUUAUCACACAGACACAGAAACUAAAGAAGCGUUUGUUUUCCAGACGUAGACAUGAAGGGGACAGAACUGUUUAUAUUGAUAACCAAAUCUUACCUGGAGAAAGUGUGGAGAAAUUACCUGUCUACCCUGACAAUACCGUGGUAUCUUCCAAGUAUACAAUCAUCACAUUCCUACCCAAGAACUUGUUUGAACAACUCAGAAGAGUUGCCAACUUUUAUUUUCUCUGUGUUGCCCUCAUACAGUUUGUUAUUGACACACCUGUGACACCUUUAACAAGUAUUUUACCUUUAGGUUUUGUGAUAGCUGUGACUGCCAUCAAACAAGGUUAUGAAGACUGGUUACGACACAGGGCUGAUAAUGAAGUGAAUAAUCGACCAGCUUACAUCAUUCGGAAUGGGCAGCAUCAUGAUGUUAGUGCUAAGGACAUCAAGGUUGGUGAUUUGGUCAAAGUGUUGGUCAAUGAAGAGUUCCCAUGUGACCUUGUCCUCUUGUCCAGUGAGGACCCACAGGGUCAGUGUUUCGUCACUACUGCCAACCUUGAUGGAGAAACAAAUCUUAAGACACACUAUUGUCUGCAAGAGACUCGUGGUCUAUCAACACCGGCACAGCUUGGCUCUCUUCGAGCUAAGAUCAAAUGUAAAGCCCCGAUUCCCGAUCUCUAUACAUUUGAAGGUGUCAUGGAGUUUGGCCCUGAGAUUGAAGCCAAACCUCUAAGCCUUGAGAAUCUUCUCCUGAGGGGAGCCCGGCUUAAAAACACAGCCUAUAUUUAUGGCUGUGCUGUGUACACAGGCAUUGAUACCAAAAUGGCACUGAACUCUAAGGCUAAAAAACAAAAGUUUUCAAGAGUGGAAAAGAAAAUGAAUGCAUUUCUGAUAGUUUUUCUCAUCAUUCUGCUGGGCGAGUCUGUUUUGUCUACUGGUUUAAAAUACUGGUUUGAGGAUACAUAUGGUGUGUUUCCAUUUGUUACAAAGGAGAGUUUCAGUAAUGAGGCACUAAAAGCAAUAGAGACAGCCCUGGCUUUCAUGGUGAUCUACAACUAUAUCAUUCCUAUAUCACUCUAUGUAACUGUUGAAUUACAGAAAUUCUUGGGCUCCAUUUUCUUUGGCUGGGAUGUUGAGAUGUAUGACCCCUCUGUGGAUGAACGAGCUAAGGCCAACACUUCAGAUCUUAAUGAAGAGCUUGGACAGGUGGAGUAUCUGUUUACUGACAAAACAGGAACCUUGACAGAAAACACCAUGGCCUUCCGUCGCUGCUGUAUUGGCAAGCGACAGUUUGAAAUGAUAGAUGGGCAUCUCUGUGAGAGAACACCAGAACAGAUUGACCUCAAUCAUGCUGUAACAUUCACUGAUGAAAUUAAUGAAUUUAUACGAGUGCUUUCUCUGUGUCACACUGUGCGCGUUGACCGCCACAACCUAGAAUCCAAAACUCAGAAUGGUGCUUCAUCCCAGUACAGCCCAACUGGUGAGGACUAUGAAUAUCAGGCCAGUUCUCCAGAUGAGAAAGCUUUAGUAGAGGCAUGCUGCAGGUUUGGAGUUGUCUACCAUGGCACAAACGAUGACAUCAUGGAGGUAUCCUUCCAGCAGAAGAUGAAAAAGUUCAAACUUCUGCACACUUUACCCUUUGACCCCACCAGGAAAAGAAUGAGUGUUAUCAUACAAGAUCUAGAUGAUUUAGAGGACACCAAAUAUUUACUGUGUAAAGGUGCAGACAUGGCUGUCAUAGACAAGUCAGUGACUGGGGAGAAAGUGGAAAUUCAAAACAUGAUUGAUGAGUAUGCUGAAUUUGGUUUAAGAACACUCAGUAUAGCCCAGAGAAAACUGGAAGAGAAAGAGUAUGAAGAUCUUGACAGGCGGCUAAUGGAGGCUCGGAGAUCUUUGGUUCAGAGAAAUGAGAAGCUCUCUGAUAUGUAUCGUGAAUUUGAGACCAAGCUCCACCUACUGGGAGCUACCGCUGUGGAGGAUAAGCUUCAGCAUGAAGUGCCCCAGACUAUUGAAGCUCUCAGGAUGGCUGGUAUCAAGGUGUGGGUGUUGACUGGAGACAAAGAGGAGACUGCCGUCAACAUUAGUCAUGCUGCGGGUCAUUUUAACUCUGACAUGGAAGAACUACGUCUCACUCAGGUCAGGUCUCAGGAACAAAGUGACGAACAGUUGAAAACGUUGUUACAAAGUGUAACAUUGUCAGAUCAAGACACAGAGUACGCUCUGAUAAUAGAUGGCCAAAGCUUAGCCUACGCCUUGAAGGAUCAUUCUGAUUGGUUGUGUCAGCUGUGUUCCAAAUGUGUGGCUGUGCUGUGCUGCAGAAUGUCCCCACUGCAGAAAGCUCAGAUUGUAGCAAUGAUAAAGAAUUCUAAAUCAAAGCCUGUAACUGCAGCAAUUGGAGAUGGUGCCAAUGAUGUUAGCAUGAUACAGGAAGCUGAUGUGGGAUUUGGCAUUAUGGGAAAGGAAGGGAGACAAGCAGUUAGAAACAGUGACUUUGCUUUUGGAAAAUUCAGGUUCCUGAGACGUGCCUUAUUGUUACAUGGUCACCUGUACUACACUAGAAUAGCAGUUCUUGUGCAAUAUUUUUUCUAUAAGAAUGUGGCCUGGAUAACAGGCCAGUUGUUAUAUGCAAUUUUUAGUUCUUGGUCAGAGCAAUCUUUAUUUGAUGCCUUCUACCUGUUAUGUUAUAACCUGUGCUUCACAUCACUGCCUAUCCUCAUCUAUGGGAUAUUUGAACAACAUAAGACAAAAGAUGCUUUACUUAAUAAUCCUUCUUUGUACAAAUCUAUAGCCAGAAAUGCAACUUUAAACUGGAUAGAAUUUUUUAAAUGGAACUUUUUAGGACUGUGGCAUUGUUGUGUCUUCUUUUUUGGGACAUAUUUACUGCAACAAAAUGGGGUCUCAUUGUACAGUACAGGGGAAACUUUAGGAAACUUUGACUUUGGUUCACUUAUUUAUUUUACAUGCCUGGGAACAGUGAAUAUAAAGCUGAUGCUAGUAACCUACUAUUGGUGUCUGCCAACAUUCCUGUCCUACAUCAUAACCUUUAUUGGAAUCAUACUUUUAACAGCUGUGUAUACCAACUUGUUCUGGCCGGCAGCUGUGGCUAGUUCCAACAGCUUGUACAAGUCGAUAGCCCAGCUGUACAGUGGAGCAGCUACUUGGCUAGCCAUGAUUUUGAUGGUGGUGCUGGCACUUCUACCAGACAUUCUGAUAAGAGCAGUCAAAGACAUCCGCUGGUCGCAACAGGAAAUGAAGUGGCACAGAGAGGGAAAGAUGAAUAGAGUAGGCAUUGCUAAUGGACAAGCCCCCAUAGAUCUUGUUUCUCAUAACAAGAGACAAGUUGGGAAAAAUGCAGCUCUGUCAACCAUUUCAGAAGAUAUUGAGUUGCAAAAUAAAAACAAAUCUUCACCAUCAGGGCUUCGUGGUUAUGUUAACCCUGUCCUGUCCUUGUCAUCAGAAAACAUUGUAUCCUCUGCCAGAUCAUCUCCAAUGUCAGAAAAACAUGCGUACACUAACAAAGCAUUCACCUUGAUAGAGGAGGUAUCACCAACCUCGCAUGACAGCAAGCAGCCCAGCACUAGCUCUCCAGAAACUGAAGCUGAGCAUAAAAGUAGCCCAGCAAUGUUCUCCAACAAAUUGGUUGUGGGGAGAAAGCUCUCCUCAGAGAGCAUUGACACUAGCGUCAUUACUACCAGCUUUUCAUCUUUAAAUCAUUCGCCGCCCCCACCCCAACACCUGACUAAUGUGUGGGCUAAAGACUCUUCACAUGGGACACCAUUGGCGAGCAAAGAUACAGUUAUUAAAUCUGACUCAAUAGUGAUAGAAACUGUAUCUAGUUCUGUGUAUGUUGAAGACCUGGAGUCAACAAUACCACCUUCAGUUGAUUUAUCUUUAGCCAACAACACUGAAAUUGCUGCCAUGCCUGGUAAUAGUUUGGGAUCUAGUAAUGAAAUUGGGGUUGGCAAACAGCCCACGAUGGUUGUAAAUGCAGUAGAAGCAAGUCACAAGCAGAACAUCAAUGUGUCACCAUCCCAUGUAGAGAUCACAACACAUGGACACAAGGCUGCCAACUCUCACAUGCCAGAGGUGAACGGAGAAAAAGAAAUCAUGCUCUGAUGACUUGUUUAGCCGCAUUACACUUUGAGUCUUAUUUAACCAUCGCUGAGUGGUUUUAUUUGAUAUUGCAGAAUGAAUAUACCAGUUUCAAACAAGUGUACAAUUAAUCCGUUUAUUAAGUCUGUGAUUACAUUAAAUGAACAACUCAUGACUAACUUAUGACCACAAUGAAAUUGUUAUUUACAAAAUGACAAGGUUGUUUCUUUUGUCAUAAUUUUAUCAACAGUAUAAAUCAAAACUUUUUUUUUUGUUGGUUUAGCUUGCUUAUUAUAUAAGCUUAUUGAAUUUGUAAUGAAAGUAAUUCAUUCUCAAGUUGUGGAUUACAAAGACAACGCCACAUACUGUGUGAAUUAUAAACACAGAUUCUUAAUGUUUGAAUUAAAAAGGCACAUUUUUUGGUGUGUGAAUUAUUAAACACAUAUUCAACAUGUGUACAUUAUAUAGACACAUUCUUGAUGUGUAAAAUAAUAAACACAGACUCUAAUGUCUAUUAUAAAUACACAUUCUUGGUGUGUGAAUUGUAAAUCAAAAAUAUUUUUAUUAUAAUAAUGCUUAUUGUAUAGGCUUGUUAUAUUUUAAAAAAGCAUAAAAACUCACCAAACUUUCAAAUGAAACAUUUUUGGCUUUUGAGGGUCUUCACUAAAAAAACAAAAUGGGUAAGGUGGCAUCUUCUUAGAAGCUAGGGCAGAAAGUUGGCAUUAUGUUAAUUUGCUAAAUCUGUAAAUAGUGUUUUACUGUAGUUGCAUAGGGUUGUUGAAACAAAUGUCAUCUAUUUGCUUUAGUGUGUACAAAAACAAGUAAUUUGAGUGCACAACUUCACAAAUGAAUUCAUGACACUUAGUGGAGUAUGUUAAUGUGUUUACAAUGGUCAGGUUUUUGUUACCUAAGUUUUAAAACUUGUUAACCUUGCUACUAUAUACAUAUAUUUUAUUAAUGAGGUUAAGAAGCAGUUCAUGUUCAGCCAUUCAUAAAACAUUCCAUCUCUCCUUAAAUGAUAAUGCCUUCAGAUUUUGCUGGCGGCAUAGAAAAAUAACAUUCCAUAUUUGUCUAAAUGUAUUUAUAUAUUUUUUUGUUGUAUAUGUAAAAUAUUAACUUUUUUUUUGUCAUGAAAAUAAUAGGGUUAUUACUGGCAUUUUUUAGUACCCAGGGUUUUUCACUUGUUUUCAUAGUGAAAUAUUAGAUCCUCCAGACUACUCUGGGUAGUAAAAUCUAAGACAAAUUUUGUUUUCUUACAUUGAUUAGUUGUCUUCUUUGCUCUGUUAGGCCUCUAUUGUCACCACUUGUUGUAGGGGUAAGUAACAUAAGUUUGGGAUUCAAGCAUUUUAUUUUAUUUUUGUUUGUUUGUUAAUAUUUUGAUAUUAUAUUGUGUGUUCUUAAAACUUUUGGUUUGAGAUUUUGUUUGUGUUAAAAGUUGUGAGCCCUGAAGACAUGGUAAUAGUAAAAUGAACUGUUUACUUACUAGUUACAAUCUAUGGCAUAAAUAUUAGGUACUAUCUAUAACAUUUGUUACCCUGCAACAGAAGCAAUGAAAAGAAACUUUAUUUUUUUGUCAUUCUUUGCAUAAUAGUUUGCUCAAAACUUUGUCAAUUCAGUGUGUACUGCUCAAAGCAUAAUAAUUGCAAUAACAAUUCUUUCAUCGCUACUUCAAUAAACUUUAGAAAAGCAAUACUAUUGUAAUACAUGCCAGGUGUGUAAAACAUUAUCAUCCCAUAAAACUGCACAAGGUUGACAGUAAUUUGGGGUCAAAUUCUGGACAGAAAAGAAAACAAGACUUCUGAGCAUGAAUUGUUUUUUAAAGUGCUAAACACUUGAGAAGAUUCAGAAUUCAAUAUGUCAAAUAAAGUAAUAAAUAUAUUGACAGUUUUUAGUAAUGAAAUGUUGGCUCAUGGAAAAGAAACCAUUCUCAUGCGGUAUGUCAUUGCACAUUUCAGUAGAUUCAAUACUUCAUGUACAUAGACAUAAACCAAGACAUUAACAAUGCUCUAGGAGGGGGUCUACAUUUUCAUGAGCCCAUUUGUAUUACUGUGCAUUACAUGCCAUCUGUAAGUUGUUACUAACCUGUUACAUCAUUUCUCAAACCUAAAGCAUCUGGAAAGAAAGCAAACUACUGACAAAUAGUCAAGUCUUUCUCUUAGUCCAUUGGUCAGUGGCAGUAGAGUUCUCUUGUGUCCAAAGUAGGUAUUGUGUAAUCACUUAAUGACUCAUCAUACUUAUUUAAAUGUUGAAAUUGUGCUUUAUAAUGAGUUAUAUUUCUGUGUACCAUUAGGGUUGCCAACCCUUUUCACUGGGGCACCAUAAAAUGUUCUUUUGAAUACUGUAUUUUACUCUGGAGGCAUGUCUGAGUAUAAAAUUGUAACAAGGACCCUUUGAGAAAAAAAAAAGUUAGAAUUCUACAAGUGUGCAGCUAUUUGAACAAAAGUUUUGAGAACUGCUUGCCCAAGGAAACAGUGAUCCAUGGGCAUCAUGUCUAUUUGAAGUUUAUUUUUGACAGUAAUUUUUGUUUAUGUUAACAUUAUAAAGCUUUAGACCAUUCACAAUUUGUCAUAAUUUUAAAUACUGAUAACAUAAUUUUUUUUGUAUAAGGAAAUGUUAUUUAUACAAGGAUAUAUGUAAAUACUGCCAAAUAUUGUAUGUUGACCCCAUUUUUAAACUUUUUUCUAUUUUAGCUAAAUAUGUUUGUAUGUCUUUCUGUUCACCCCACAUCAUUUCUAUAACUUUAUAAUGAUGCCACUUCUUCAUUUUUAAAUUUAAAAUUUAAGUAUCUCUUUGUAAUUAAGCAUAUUGACUAUGGUGCCUUAUUAUUUCUUUAAGUUUACAUGCUAAAUGAUUUUUAAGGGUGAUUAUUCCAUUUACUAUUAAUAAAUGGUCAGUGGUGACACGUAAAUAGAUUAUUUCAAUUUCCACCAUUCAAACCUGAUUCUAUUGAAUAUAAGUGCAGUGACAGUUCUCGAUCUUUUUUUUUCUUUUCCUGGGAUCCACUGGGUUCUUAACAGUGUCAACAGAUAACAUACAGACUGCAUUAAGUUCUUUUGGAGCAAUUUUUAUAUGGGAAAAUGUCUCUUGCUUCAAUCUACUGUGACCUUGGUCAGACAAUAUUAUGCUCAGGUAUUUGACAGAAUAGAUCAUAAUUGUGAAUGGGAGGAGCUUAAACCAUCUUGAGUUUUAAAUAGGUCUCCAUGACUUUAUAUGAAGCUUAAUGUAAAAAUUGAAAUGACAUUUACAUUAGUACAGAACCAAUUUAAAAUAAUAUUAGUGCUCUCUACCUAAUUGAAAGUCCUUAUAAUUCUUACUUACUAUCCCUUCAUGUUAUUGCAUUCAGUAAAUAAAACAGGGCAAAUUAGUGUUGCUAAAAGUAAAAAGACAACAUAAACUGCCCACAUUAUCCAGUGUCACAAACUGUUUCAUUCUAUAAUAUUCAUAUCACUGAAUGUAAUCAUUUGAAACUAAAGAGCACAUUUUAUUUCCUUGUUCAAUCUGUAAGCUCUAUGAGAAAUUUCACUUUUACAAUAAUCUGUGAUAUAUUCACCUAUCACUUUAUAAAAGCAAUGAAACCUUUUACAUUCCUAUAGCCAACAGUCAAAAUAUGUUGUUUACAUUUUCAUUUGGUUUGAUCAUGUGGAUUUGAUAUCUGUAUUCAAUGCAUACAUGUUGAACUGCUAAAUUAUUACACAGCAGAUUGUACAUUUGUUGACUUCUAUUGCUAAAAUUCCAUUUUGUUUUUAGAAAACUUUUAAAUGAUUCAGAUAAAUAAUGAUGGUAUUUCUUUGCCCUUUUCUUUUGAUUUAACUUUUAUUGCCAACAGGAGAUAAUAUUCUUUUAAUGUAAUAUUCAAAGCUGUAUGUAAAUAUGUAUGCACCUAAAAACAAUACAAUUGUACAAUUACAAAUAUGUAUUUUGUUAAGUACAGUUCAAUGGCACAAUAAUAAUAAAAAAUGAAAAGUCUUAAAUUAAUAGAAAACAUAAUGAGUUUAUUGUUAUUUUCAUGGCCAAUUUUACCAUCUUUAUUAGCUUCAGUAUUAAUUAAAAGUAAAUCUCUGAAAUCAAUAUUGCAUUUCCAAUCUCACUCUAAAUAAUAUUAAAAUUAGCAGACACUAGAAUGGUUAUAAACCCUAUUUCGUAAAGUAUAAAUAUUAUCUUCUUUUCUUUAAAAAUAUUCAUUAAUUUUAUUUCGCUGUUACUGUACUAGUUAUUAAAUUUAAUUGUAUACACUUGAAUCCUAAAAUAAAAAGAAGAAAAA